UUGUCGGGAUUUUUUUUUCCUUUUUUUUUUGCAUCCAUUUUUGUGCGUUUAAGAAGUAUCCAAGAAUUAACGAGCGGGAUAAGAGACAGCAGGAGGAAAUCGGCGAGGAGGCGAUGAAAAGGGACCAAAAGGCGACCGCCGCAGAGUGCAAAUAGGCAGGACGGCGAUGGGCUAGACGGGAUUUACCAUGAGUGGCAAAUAAAAGUCCGAUCUAAAGAUGUCUUCUCCGCCCGGGCCCCGGGGCGGCCCCGCCGCUCCUCCUGCGGCUGCCGUCCUGCCGGAGAUGCCGGACCUCAGCCACCUCACCGAGGAGGAGAGGAAGAUCAUUCUGGCCGUCAUGGACCGGCAGAAGAAGGAGGAGGAGAAGGAGCAGUCCAUGCUGAAGAAGCUGCACCAGCAGUUUGAGAUGUACAAGGACCAGGUGAAGAAGCUGGGGGAGGAGGCCCAGCUGAAGCCGGAGCAGAACGCCGACACGCCCACCUGCGGCAUCUGCCACAAAACCAAGUUCGCCGAUGGAUGUGGCCACAUCUGUUCUUAUUGCCAAACUAAGUUCUGUGCACGAUGUGGGGGUCGAGUGGCUCUGCGUUCGAACAAGGAGGACAAAGUGGUGAUGUGGGUGUGCAACUUGUGCCGAAAGCAGCAGGAAAUCCUCACCAAGUCGGGGGCCUGGUUCUACAGCAGGGUUUCCAGUGGGGCUCAGUUCCCGGGCUGCACUGAGGGGUCCCGGGGACAACGGCUCGAGGAGGUGCCACAGCAGAAGAAGGCCAAGCUGCAGGGCCAGCCAGGAGACGGGUCGGCGCCGGACAGAGGCCGGCCGUCCGGGCCGCACCGGCAGGAAUCCCUCAAAAAUGGUUCUGUGCUGAGACACACUGGUCUGGAUGAAUCUCCCCUUGAGAGGAACAGAAGCCCGUCAGCAUCCAGGGACCCAAACCAAAAAUACGACCAAAGGGAGGGGAGGGCAGAUACCUUGCAGUAUGCCCCAGGGGAAGGGGGGCGGCCCAGGUCACCGUCCGACUACGGGGGUCGGGGUCCCUACCGGGGUUCUCGGGUGUACGAGGACGUGGACAGGGGGCGCAGGGAGUACCAGGACCGCUGGGGGCGCUGGCACUCACAGGAUUCCCCCCUGGACGAGGAGUUAGGUGGGCCACAGAGCGACUACGAGGUACAGCGGCGGCGCCAGGAGGAGUACCAGGCACGUUACCGUAGCGACCCCAACUUGGCGCGCUACCCAGUGAAGCCACAGCCGUACGAGGAGCAGAUGCGCAUGCAGGCCGAGGUGUCGCGGGCGCGGCACGAGCGUCGCCAUAGUGACGUGUCGCUAGCCUACACCGAGCUGGACGAGCCCCUGGUGCGGCGUCGCUCUGCCGAGAGAACAUCGGAACGCAGCCCCCCCUCGCCACACCCCCCUGACCGCCGGCAUCACCUGGACCCCGGUACGGCCCUGCGGCGACCCCGGGCUGACCACCCCGAUGGUGUGCCGCGCAACGACUCCCUCAGCUCGGACCAGUCUGAGUCGGUACGUCCCCCUCCGCCCCGCCCGCACAGGGGCAGGAGGGGGGGCAGGAUGAGGCAAACGUCCUUCAGCAGCUCGGAGGACGAGCUGGCCACCACCCCCGAGUACACCAGCUGCGACGACAUCGAGUUCGAGAGCGAGUCCUACAGCGAGAAAGGAGACAUGGACGGCCACUGGGAGCACGUGCCCUGGCCCGGCAGUGACGCCUCCUCCAUGACCCUGCAUCCAGUAACAUGGCAAACGUCCAAAGACGGAGAGAGGCUGAUCGGACGGGUUUUACUGAACAAGCGGAUGAAGGAUGGGAGGGUACCCAGGGACACGGGGGCACUGCUGGGACUGAAGGUGGUUGGAGGGAAGAUGACAGAAUCUGGGCGACUGUGUGCCUUCAUCACGAAGGUGAAGAGAGGAAGUCUGGCAGACACUGUGGGGCACCUGCGACCAGGGGAUCAGGUCCUCGAGUGGAAUGGGAGGCUCCUGGAAGGAGCCACGUUUAAGGAAGUUUACAACAUCAUCUUAGAGUCCAAGCCCGAGCCACAGGUGGAGCUGGUGGUCUCACGGCCCAUGGGAGAUGUUCCUCGAAUAACAGAUGGCACUCAUGCACAACUGGAAUCGAGUUCCAGCUCCUUCGAGUCGCAGAAGAUGGACCGCCCCUCCAUCUCUGUCACGUCUCCCAUGAGCCCCGGCAUGUUGCGAGAUGCCCCGCAACACCUGUCCGGGCAGCUCUCGAGCCAAAGCCUUAGCAGAAGAGGCACGCCUUGUCUUCCUAGGGUUCAGGUAAAACUGUGGUAUGACAAGGUAGGCCAUCAGCUCAUCGUCACGAUUCUGGGGGCCAAAGACCUGCCCUCGAGGGAGGACGGCAGGCCCAGAAACCCCUACGUGAAGAUUUACUUCCUCCCUGACAGAAGUGAUAAGAGCAAGAGGAGGACGAAAACGGUGAAGAAGUCGCAGGACCCGCGUUGGACCCAGACGUUCAUGUACUCGCCGGUGCACCGGCGGGAAUUCCGCGAGCGGAUGCUGGAGGUCACCGUCUGGGACCAGGCGUGCGCUCGCGAGGAGGAGAGUGAGUUUCUGGGAGAGAUCCUGAUCGAGCUGGAGACGGCGCUCCUGGACGACCAGCCGCACUGGUACAAGCUGCAGACGCACGACGUGUCGUCGAUGCCGCUGCCCAACCUGUCACCGUACCUGCAGCGCAGGCUUACGCAGGGAGGCAGCCCCACCCGCAGGCUGCAGAAUAAGGCUCCUUAUAUGUACAACUCAGGGUCGCAGCGAGUCAGUGACAGUGAAAUCUCUGACUACGAUUGUGAGGAUGGUAUCGGCGUCGUGUUGGACAACAGACACAACGGAAGGGACCUCCGCAGUUCCACACUGUCCGUUCCCGAACAGGUGAUGUCAUCCAACCACUCCUCACGAUCAGCGGAAAUGAACAGGGUUCGGUCACGGUCGCCCAGCGUCCCACCACCCCACAGCCGGAGUUUGGACCAUGACUCCCGCAGUGGCCCAUCGCAGUUUAACACCACGAGUCGUGUGGACCGGCACCGCCUGGCAGAGGACCGCUAUUCCCCCGACAGCCACUAUCUCACGCUCCCUCCUCGGUCCAGGCACAGACAGCCUGUCUGUCAUCAUCCGCAGGACCCCAGGACGUACCGAGCGCUGGACAGGCAUGAGUAUCACAGGUCCAGGUCCGCGGACCAGAGGCCCACGCUGGAGCGGCCCGCCCCCCGCUCGCGGUCCACCGAGCGCUCCGACUGCAGCCUCAUGAGGUCCAUGCCAUCCUUACCGUCCGGAAGAUCCGCCCCUCCCUCACCUGCUUUACUGAGGGCUCAGCCUCGAGGCGGGGGGGUCCAAAUCAGCCCCAGCGGCACCCCCGUGUCCACGCGGAGAGGACGGCAGCUGCCACAGCUCCCGUGCAAGGGCACGCUGGAGAGAAAAGAUGGAGAAGAAGGACUAGAGCCCUGCGAAGGUGCCAUGGACGUGGAGGAGCGUGCUCGGCAGAUGAAGAUGAACAAGUACAAGCAGGUUGCCGGUUCUGAUUCACGGCUGGAACAGAGGGCCGGACGCAAUGGCCACCAGGGCUCGGAUAACCUCUCCGCCAAGUCGUCGGACAGCGACGUCAGCGAUGCCUCCGCCCUUUCAAGGACCAGCAGCGCCUCUCGCUUCAGCAGCGCCAGCUACAUGUCCGUCCAGUCCGAGCGACCUCGGGGCAACCGCAAGAUCAGUCGAUCCCAAGCCCUGCAGGACAAAAGCCAGUCGAAAGAUGGAGAUGAGGGUUUGGCCGAGGUGGUCGAGGAGGAAGGCGACAGGACCGAUAAAGACAAGGGUGGCAAAGGGGCAGAGGCAGGGGAGGGGGGGCAGGAGGAACCUCAAGACGAGGAGGGUGAAGAAGGGCUUUUACAGAGGAGGUUCUCAGAGAACGACGUCAGGCAGGCGGGUGCUUCUGGGGCCAACAUGACGAAGAGCACUAGCAUCGGUGGCGACAUGUACCGCCUGGAGCGGCAUGACGGCAGCCAGUCAGACACAGCCCUGGGCGGCGCAGAUGAGGAGGAGAAGAAGAGACGCUCCAGCCUCGGUGCCAAAAUCGGGGCGAUGGUGGGCCUGUCGCGGAAGAGCCGGAGCACGUCACAGCUCAGCCAAACAGAAGGUGGGAAGAAGUCGCACAGCAACGUGCAAAGGAGCGUGGAGACAGGGCUUGCGGUGGAGAUGAGAAACCGCAUGACCAGACAGGCCAGCCGUGAGUCCAACGACGGAAGCAUGAACAGCUUCAGCUCUGAGGGAAACCUCAUCUUCCCCAACGUGAGGCUUUCAUCCGACAGCCAGUUCAGCGACUUCCUGGAUGGGUUAGGCCCCGCCCAGAUUGUCGGGAGGCAGACACUGGCCACGCCCCCCAUGGGAGACAUCCAGAUCGGCAUUGUGGUGAAGAACGGCAUGCUGGAGGUGGAGGUGAUCCGGGCUCGGGGGCUCGUGGGGAAACCCGGGUCCAAGGCCCUGCCAGCUCCCUACGUUAAAGUGUACCUGAUGCUAAACGGAGCCUGUAUUGCCAAAAAGAAGACGAAGACGGCGAGAAAAACCCUGGAGCCGCUCUACCAGCAGCCGCUGUCUUUUCAAGAAGGUCCAUCAGGGAAGGUCCUGCAGAUAAUUGUGUGGGGAGACUAUGGACGCAUGGACCAUAAAUCAUUCAUGGGAGCCGUCCAGAUACUUCUAGAUGAUUUAGACCUGUCAAACAUGGUGAUUGGCUGGUUCAAACUCUUUCCCCCGUCGUCUUUGGUGGAUUCGACGCUGGCGCCUUUAACUCGGGGUGCCUCCCAGACGUCCCUGGACAGCUCGUUGGUGCCGGUUGCCAGGUCAUAGCAGUGCGAGGACGGGUAGCGCGUUAGCGGCUAGCAGCAUGGGAGCGGGCGGCCCGCCGCUGUGUCACACUGCAUGCUCCACGUCAUGUCUUCUGAGCUUGUUUCUAGGGACACUGAGGUGUUUUCGGUGAACAUGGAGCUCUGAGCAUCCUUACAGCGAGUAGCAGGCUGCAGGGGGCCCGGACCAGGGUGAAGUUUCAUCACAAUCUCAAGCCAUGGAGAAAAAUAGCAUAAAAUACUGCUGAGCGACUCUACAGAUGACCUUUUUUGAACAAAAGCAAGCAGUUGUUUGUGUUUUUAAUUUUUUUUUUGUCUGUUUCCUUUAUGUCCGCGUCCGCGCUGUACCCAGCGGGGGGAGGGGGGUGAUUGUGUUUCUUACCAGAUGCUUGGUGAUGCCAUGCCAAUAAACGACCAACAGCGGGCCAACGGCAGACUGCCAAGUUAGGAAGGAGAGGCAGAGGCCCCAUUACCUCCAGACACACGCACACGAGCUCAAUCAAGAGCGCUGCUAGGCAUCCGACCCGGCACUGAAGUGACCCUCUGAUCUCUGUUUCUGUGUUCGAAAAGGACCCUUUUUUUGCAUGGACACAAAUUUACUGAAGCUGAAAAAAAAAAUAUUUUCUUGAAGCUGCAACUUGCAGAAAAAGGAAACAAAGAGAUCAGCCAUUUUCAACCGUUUAUAUUGUUUUUAAAGAUGAAUUUGACUAGUGCAUGGUUUUCACAGUGAGCGAAUGCAGCAGCGGGAUGAGGGGCCGCAUCAGUCGCCCUUGGGGCCGCGUCAGUCGCCCUUGGGGCAGCGUCAUUUGCCCUUGGGGCCGCAUCAGUCGCCCUUGGGGCCGCAUCAGUCGCCCUUGGGGCAGUUCGUUAGUCUGUAUUUUUACAGGCGAUCCUCUAAGGGAAUCUGCAGGAAAACUUCUUAGGUUCAAUUCAAGAAAAAAAAGUACUUGUUCAUGUGACAAAGAGAAGAUGAAAAUAAAUGUAACGUAUUUAUUUCAUUGUAAAGGUGCAAGCCUUAUGACCACAAACAUUAUUGUGCAAAUUGUACACCCUGCCCCAACCCUGGGUGUCCCCCCCCCAGACUCUCUGGCUCCCUCUAUCAAUUUCCCCCAGAUGCGCAGAGAUCUGUCAAGGCUGUACGUUAUAUCACACCUCUCUGUUACAUGACUUUCUUUAAACGGGCUUUGUUUUGUUUAACAAGCAUGUUGAAAUGUUUUCUGUUCUUUUCUUUAAAAUGCGCCUUGGGCUCCCUAAGAGUAAACCCGCAUGUUUUGAUAGAGGGAAUAUUUUGCAUUGUUACAGUUUGGUGUACAGUGCAUGUAAACUACGUCACUCCUUCACCUUGAAUUAAAUUCUGCAGAAAAUCAGUGGCUCAUGGUUUGUGGGCAAACAUUUCAGACACCCAAGGAAAUUUUUUAACUCUAUGUUUGAUAUCAUGAUAUCAUUUAGAGUGUGACAUGUCAUGAUUUUAUUUGACAAUUAUAUGUCAUAAUUUCAUUUCACCCCCAUGUAUCAUGACUUUACAAACAUGCAUCAUGAUUUCAUUUCACCUGCAUGCAGCAUGAUUUACAAUAAUGUAUCAUGAUUUAAUUUUACCAUAAUGCAUUAUGAUUUCAAUUCAGUUCCAUGUAUAGUUAUUUCUUCAUAAUGCAAAAGGAUUUCAUUUCACAAAAAGGCAUCAUGAUUGCAUUUCACAUGUAUGAGCACGAUUUACAAUAAUGCAUCAUAAUUUAAUUUUACCUUCAUGUAUCAUGAUUUUACCAUGCUUCAUUAUUUCAAUUCACUUGCACAUACGAUUUCACCACAAUGCAUCACGAGUUCAUUUCACCUGCAUCUUUAAUGAUUUCCCCAUAAUGCAUCAUGAUUUCAUCUCCAUACCUCUUGAUUUCCCCAUAAUGCAUCAUGAUUUCAUCUCCAUACCUCUUGAUUUUCCCAUAAUGCAUCAUGAUUUAAUUUCACCUCCAUGUAUCAUGAUAUCAUUCUGGUCUAAAAUGGAUAAGUAAAGGAGAAGCGUUUUGUCCUUUUACCCAAGUCAGCCUGAAGAGCUGCGGCUUGCAGUCAUGCUCAAACAGGUCUCGAAAGAGACAUCAGCUCCAUCUGGUGGCAGGUUGAGGUGAAACCCUCCAUAACAGGAGGGAAUGCAGUGUCUCGUGCAGCUCAGACUGACGCCAUACAUCUGACUUCAAAACAGGAAACUGCUACAAAACAUUUACUUCAAGUUCCUUAUUUUAAAAACAAAUUUUAUUUGCUCUAUUUAGUUAUUUUACAGAAGAACCACUACAUGAUGAAAUGUAUUUAUUAAAGCUUUCCUUAAAUGAGAAAUACAAACACCGAAAAAGAUAAAGCAUUUUAAAUAAAACAGAGACAUUGUUUUACUUUAUUGAAAAAGAAAAUCAGUUAUGGCUUGGGGAAGCACACUGCAAACUUUGUUCUUCUAAAAAUAAUGUUGUUGUCUGGAACUGUACACAUCAACUGACGUUCUCAGUGUGAUUUGGUGAUGAACUGCAUUUUUCCCUGUUGGGAUAUGAAUCAUGACUCAAGAGAAAAUGGAAGUGUUAUUUGCCAUUUCAAACGCCUUUUUGUAGCACAAAUGUGUUCCCGCCAAGGCCAUGUCCUACAGUAUGUCUGAAUAAAAAAAUAUUCAUGUACGUUAUUUUUCAAAUUCAAAUAAAAAUCGAAAUAUAACA